AUGUACAGAGUCUCUUUCGAGGCCUACAGUGAGUGUGGCGUGAUUGGACCUGGGACUCGAAUGAAUCAACCUCGCAGGUGCUUAGUAGUGCCUGGUACGCAGGAGGGCCGACCCCGUGCUCUCAGGAAACAGGGUGAUGCUCGGCAAGAAAGGACGGGCGAUCCGCAGACUGGGAUCAGACUAAAGGAUGGCGAGGGUGAGUGA